AGUUUCCGCCAAUAAACCGGAAGAAGAAGAAGAAGAAGAAGUAGUAGUAGUAGUAUCCAGGAAGUGAUGUCAGGCUGCACCCCGGCAGGAGGCUAACCGGUGCUAGCAGAGCUUCAAGAUGAGCAGUCGAGCUGCUGGAAAACCCAGAGAGGAGGAGGAGAAGGAGGAAGAGGGGGAGGACUUCUACGACUGCCAGGAGAUUUUGGAACCUCCAGAAUCAAGAGGGGAGGAGAAGGAGAAAGAGGAGGAGGAAGGAGAGUCGGGGGACUUUAAAACUGACAGACUGACUGACAAGACAAACGUCAUAGAGAGGGAGGGAGGAGGACAGGAGGAGGCGCAGGACGACAGACUGCAAGACGACAGGCUGCAGGAGGAGGUGCAGGACGACAGGCUACUGGAGGAGGCGCAGGACGACAGGCUGCAGGAGGAGGCGCAGGACGACAGGCUGCAGGAGGAGGCGCAGGACGACAGGCUGCAGGAGGAUUCAGAUUCAGAGAUGAAGGAGAACCAAGAGGUGGAGUUUGACGAUGACUACCUGAGGGAGGUGGAGAAGGAGCUGACAGAGGAAGAGAAGGAGAGUCGACAACAGCAAAGUUUGACUCUGAAGGAAAAGGGAAACUGUCAGUUCAAAGCUGGAGACUGGCUGGAGGCGGAGCGGAGCUACAAGGAGGCGCUGGUUUUAUGUCCCGUGUGUUUCAGCAGAGAGCGAGCCGUCCUGUUCUCCAACAGAGCUGCUGCGAGACUGCACCUGGGUCUGAAGGAUCAGGCGAUCUCCGACUGCACCAGAGCGAUAGAGCUGAAUCCAGACUACGUGCGGGCAUUGCUGAGGAGGGCGGAGCUUUACGAGCAGACGGAGAAGCUGGACGAGGCUCUGGAGGACUACAAGAAGGUUCUGGAGCGAGACCCAAACCAGACCACUGCCAGACAUGCCUGCAUGAGGUUGCCUCAGCAGAUUCAGGAGAGAAAUGAGAAGUUGAAGGAGGAGAUGAUGAGUAAACUGAAGGACCUGGGGAACCUGGUCUUGAGACCUUUCGGACUUUCUACCAACAACUUCCAGGUGAACCAGGACUCCGACACCGGCUCCUACUCCAUCAACUUCAUCCAGAACCCAAACAACAACAACAGAUGACAUCACGGCCAGUACAGUCACCUGUGUAUCUACCUGUCUGUGUUCAGAGGAAAAUAAACUCAUUGAUUUGCUGAUUGA